GUCUGCGCGUCUCCACGCCCGUUGCCCGCCAAUUCGCCUUGGACUUUACCGGGAAAACGGCCGCCGGACCUCGUCACCGGAGGAGGGGCACCAUGAUCUGUCAAUUCUUCGUAUUAUCUCAGAGGGGAGAUAACAUCGUCUUCCGCGAUUAUCGCGGUGAAGUGCAGAAAGGGAGCGCAGAGGUUUUCUUUCGCAAAGUCAAGUUUUGGAAGGGAGACGAAGGCGAGGAGGCACCCCCUGUCUUUAAUUUGGAUGGUGUAAAUUAUAUUCAUGUAAAGGUGGCUGGCUUGCUGUUUGUUGCUACAACAAGGGUCAAUGUGUCUCCUUCUCUUGUUUUGGAGCUAUUGCAAAGGAUUGCUCGUGUCAUCAAAGAUUAUCUUGGUGUGCUCAGUGAGGAAUCGCUGAGAAAAAAUUUUGUUCUUGUGUAUGAGCUGUUAGAUGAAGUUAUCGACUUUGGUUAUCCACAAACUACUUCUACUGAGGUAUUGAAGUCAUACAUCUUCAAUGAGCCAAUUGUGGUUGAUGCUGCACGUUUGCCACCACUUGGUCCUGCAGCUAUCUUUGUGCAUGGAUCAAAAAGAAUGCCAGGAACAGCAGUGACAAAAUCAGUUGUUGCCAAUGAACCUGGGGGUAAAAAGAGAGAGGAAAUCUUUGUUGAUAUUAUUGAGAAAAUCAGUGUCACUUUCAGUUCAAGUGGUUAUAUCUUGACUUCUGAGAUUGAUGGCACCAUUCAAAUGAAAAGUUAUCUUACUGGAAACCCAGAAAUCCGUCUUGCCCUUAAUGAAGAGCUAAGCAUUGGGAGGGGAGGAAGUUCUGCCUAUGGUUUCGGUGGUUCUGCUGGGGUGGGGCCAGUGGUAUUGGAUGACUGUAAUUUCCAUGAGACGGUGCAUCUUGAAAAUUUUGACUUGGACAGGACCUUGACUCUGGUACCACCUGAUGGAGAAUUUUCUGUCAUGAACUAUCGUAUGACUCAGGAAUUCAAGCCUCCCUUUCGGGUCAAUGCUGUUAUCGAAGAAGCUGGAUCUUUCAAGGCAGAAGUAAUUUUGAAAGUACGGGCUGAUUUCUCGCCUACCAUAACUGCAAACACAAUUUCAGUGCAUAUGCCACUGCCAACUUACACAACAAGGGUUAGCUACGAACUGGAACCUGGUGCAAUAGGUCAAAUUACAGAUUUUAAAGAGGCAAAUAGAAAGCUUGAAUGGAACUUGAAAAAGAUUGUUGGUGGAUCGGAGCAUACCUUGCGUGCAAAACUUACAUUGUCACAGGAAUCACAUGCAAAUAUAAUGAGGGAAGCUGGGCCAGUGAGCAUGAAUUUCACAAUUCCAAUGUACAAUGCCUCCAGGCUUCAGGUAAGGUAUUUGCAGAUCGCCAAGAAAUCAAAGACACACAAUCCGUAUCGGUGGGUGAGAUACGUGACACAUGCAAAUUCAUAUGUUGCUCGUCUAUGAUGUGCGGAACCAAACUUUCCGGGUAUGCAUGCCUGUCUGUGUAUGAGUGUGAGAACAAAGAGAAAAAGUAGAAAGGUCUUUUCUGAGCCCACGCUUGUUCCUACGAGGAAAUUAUCUUUAUUUUUGUUACUCGAGGUAGUUGUACUGAAAAUCGUCUCCUGGUCUGGUUGAUGCAUCAAUCCACCUCACUGUUUGUUAAUAUUUAAAAAUAACUCAUUGAGUAACUCAGACUUGGAUACAGAUUAUAUCUUGAUUCCUACCAUGUUUUGGGUCCGUCC